UUACUAAAUUUUGAACGAUCCUCGCGUGAAGUUAUGUAGGUCGAUAGUCAAGGUGUACAAGCUGAUCGAUUGUCAACAAAAGAGUUUACUAUAAUACUAUGAUCACUGUAAUACCUUAAAAGGAUUUAAAUGUUUAAUAAUCGUAUAACGACGUUACAAACCCUCUCGGGAAUGAAAAGUAUUGAAUUUAUUGCAUUUACUUUCGGUUUCGUUUUUACAAAAUGGAAUUUGAUAGCAAGGUUUACUUAGUUAUUUUUGUCUUAUGUCGUAUCACGUGCACGAUAUCAGAGAAGGCAGUCACUGGCGACCAAACGUGUUCAAUUGACGGGGAAUGCACGGAGAAAACAGACAUGUAUUCACGCAUAGUUCCGACGGAGCUACCGGCGGAGACGCAGGAAGUUUUGCACACGAUCGCCACUCUGGAGAUGUACAGAGCUCAGAGAGAAGUUGCCAACUACCUGGAACUCGCGUAUCUACAGCUUGCUGACCACCCGGAACAAGCAAAAGAGGUCCGCCUCACGGCACACUCCGCUCGAACUCAGCACCUGAUGACGUCAGGGUUGAUGAAGAAGUUCACAGUAACAGCAGCCCAUAUUGUCAAUACGAUGAUACCCAUGAUCCUCGACGCUGUAGUUGAGCUCCAGAGUGCAGCAGUUGUAAAACAAAUUUUUGGUCAGAUCAUUAAAAUAGCAGAAGAAAUGAAAACGGAGACCGAGACUACUCAGCAACGCUAUAUGAAAAUUCAGACCGAAGUUCAGAAGAAUAUGGCCAGUGUUACCAGUAGGAAUAAGAAGGUAGUUAGCGAGAAGGAACGAAUCCGUGUAGAAAUGGAACGUGAAAAACAACUUGCUAAAGCGGCUAAACUGGCUCAGGAGGAACUGGAUGAAGAAAAACAGAAAAUGGAGGAAGAGCUGACGGUUCUAAAGUCAAACAGAGAUAAAUGGAUGGAACAAGCAGGUUAAGAUUUGUCACUC